AUGAACAUCGAGGGAUUUGCCCUCGUGAUUGGUGCAGGGAGUGGCAUUGGCAAGGAGUGUGCCAUUGCCUUUGCCAAGGAGGGUAGCGCGGGCGUCCUGGUUGCCGAUGUCAACCUCAACGCCGCGCGGGAGGUGUCCGAGUUGUGCCGGGCGGCGGCAUCCCACACGGGCGGAUUCCUUGUCGAGGCCCUGGCUGUCGAUGUAACGUCAGAGGAAUCUGUCAGCCUGAUGGUUCGGCACGCUGUGCAGGCCUUCGGACGCGUCGACUACUGCGUCAAUAGCGCUGGUGUCGGUAUCGAGGUUGCACUUGAGGUGGCUGAGGCUUCCGCGGCCGAUUUCAGUCGGUUCAUGGACGUCAAUGUCACUGGGAGUUUCCGGGUCACGCAGCACGUCUCGGCACUCAUGAAAUCCCAGGCUCCGAGGGACAUCGACCCUCGCUCGCCGGGCCGCGGCGCCACGCGCGGUUCCAUCGUCCUGAUGGGCUCGGCUGCUUCGUUUGGCGCUCAGCCACGGAUGGUGCAGUACACGACCUCCAAGCACGCGGUGCUCGGACUGGCUAGGAAUGCCGCCCUUGACAACGCGAAAUACGGCAUUAGGGUUAACUGUCUGUGCCCCUCCUGGGUCAACACACCCAUGGUACAACGUGCGAUAGACCAGGUUCCAGGGCUGGGGGACGCCAUCAGGACUGCUGUGCCGAUGGGCCGCAUUGCGCUUACCGAGGAGGUCGCCGAUGCGGUGAUGUUCCUCUGCAGCCCGAGAUCGAGUUACAUGACCGGCUCUGCUCUGGUCCUUGACGGCGGAACCAUGCUGAGUCCUUUGAGCGCCUAA